UAUAUAUUCUAUUUGAAUGCAUAAUUCCAUGAGCAAAAGCUACAUAAACCUUUGCUCCUGUAAGAGGUUCCAUGGAGAAGUAUCAUCUACAAAGAGAUUUCAUGGAGGGUGGCAGCGAUUCAAGAUUUCGAACAACAAAAACGAAAGAAACAAUCAUUUUGAAGUAUGGAUUCUUCUUGUGGCAAAAACGCGUUAAAAGUAGAAGAGGAGAGUCCGUCUUUCGAUAUUGAUGCAACGGAAGAAGGAAUACAAGAAUUUCUUUGGAAUCUUGCUGAGGCUAAUAAAGAAAAGCGCUAUACUGGUGUCAGAAAACGGCCUUGGGGUAAGUAUGCUGCAGAGAUAAGGGAUUCGACCAGGAACGGAAUAAGGGUUUGGCUUGGGACUUUUAACAGUGCAGAAGAAGCUGGUCUGGUUUAUGAUCAAGCUGCAUUUGCAAUGCGCGGGGCUUCAGCACACCUUAAUUUUCCUUCAGAGAAAGUAAAGAAAUCCCUUAAAAACAUGAAUUACAAGUACGAAGAUGGUUCGUCACCAGCUGAAGCCAUAAAAGAGAUUCACAGGGCUCGGAGUUCUUCGAAUGGCAAAGGAAAAAAGAAACAAAUUAGUAAAGAUGUUUUGGUGCUUGAGGACUUGGGAUCUGAUCUAUUAGAUGAACUAUUAUCUCAGAGUUGAUUUUUAGAUUUGGCAUGCCAUCUCCCUCGAAGGUCUCAUAACUUUGGUGCUUCCUUAUAUGAGGUCAAUUAGUUGGUCUACAGAAAAGCUUCCUGUUGUUUUUCUAUAUUACAUAUUAGGGGUACUCCUUUGUUGGUGUUGUGGUUAUCCUAAGGACUCCUCCACUGAUCCCCAUUAAGAAAAAUAAGGGAAAGAGAAAAAGGAAGAUGAAGAAGUUCUGAUAUAUAUCUACAAAAAUGAGUUUUCAAGCUCAAGCUCCCUACUUUGAAGGUUAUUUCGUUCUUAUUUGUUAAUUAUUUAUUACGCUAUAAGUAUAUUGUGUUAUGAAGUGCAUACUUUUAGUAUUUCUGAUUGUGAUAUAAGAUGUAAAAUAAAUCAUCAUACUUUUUGUUUAAACUAUAAGGAAUGAUAUCGGAUAUGGUGUUAUUA